AUGGGGCGGUUCACGGCUUUGGUACUCAUAGCUCUGCUAGCUUCGGCAUACUCCCUCCCCGCCCCGCAGAUGUGCUGUGUGCUUCCACCUCCAUGUCCACCUGAGGACCAGCCGGCAGACCCUGGCGACGCGGACGCUAGACCAACACCAAAUGGAGACGGACCAAUCAAAGUGCUGGUCCAAAAAACAACAACCCAAGACCAACUGCGAUCAGCCAACUUCCAAGUGUACCCAGUACCCGGCGGCAUAUUCUACGUCCACCAAAACCCAGAUGUGAUCAUCCAACCCCCACCCAUCCUCGUCAAACCACCAUUGCUAAAACCAAUUCAACCAUCUCCCAUAAACAUUCAACCUCCACAAUUACCACCAAUCACACCACCACCAAUAUGUGUGCGCCCUGCACCGUUACCACCAAUAACACCACCACCUAUUUGUGUUAGACCCAAACCUUUAGCCCCAAUAUGUCCACCACCUAUAGUUGUCAAACCACCAACACCUCAACCAGUGGUACCAGCACCCAUAUCAAUAAGACAACCAGACUUACCAGUUAUAAGACUACCACCCAUAUUAGUCCGACCACCCACACCACCAAAUCUGCAACUACCCACAAUCUGUUUUAGAACGUCGUUGUUAAAUAAAAAUGGUGGACAAGAUUCAGGGGACGUUGGUGGACUUUCUGGAAUGCCCUAUAACUAAUUUAUAACUGUCAAAUUUAAAUUUAAAUUAAUAAAAAUAUGAUGUAAUCAAAUUUUCACCUACCACCUAUCACAAGAGCUAUAAGGGUCAUAGCACACAUAUCAAUUCGGAAUCGGAUCGUCAGCGUAUCGCCUAUCGCAUCUUACCAAUACCAAUUACGGUGCAACCGGAAAUAUCGUUAUCUCUUUUAUUCCGUUGGAAUGAAAGAAAUGGGACUACUAAUGGCCAUUGGUCGAAAUUGUGCCUAUUUCCCAUCAUGAGGGAUGUCGUUGGACACAUGUUACCGACGUUGCCUCGUCGUUGACAAUGUCGCCACGCAUUUAACCAUACAUCAACUUAAAUGUAAGGUAUGUCGACAUGGCUAGGUUGAUCGCAGGUUGACCGCUUAGUCAAUUAAUAACCAAUCAGUUGGUAUCCGAUUGUGUUGUCCCAGUUACGGUUAUAGAAUGUGAUGCGGUUCACAAUACGCGAGAUGGCUAGCAUAUUAUCACAUGAAGAAGAUUCAACCUCUCCCCACUACCAAGGGUAUCUGGCAGAGAACUUUUGUAGAGAUAAGUGUGUUUGUCCACUGUUUUUCUUUCUACUUCUGUUACCAUCCAAUUGUAUACAAUUUAGAGGAUACAAUUAAGAGGAUACAAUUUAGAGGAUACAAUUUAGAGGAUACAUUUUAGAGGAUACAAUUUAGAGGAUACAAUUUAGGGGAUACAAUUUAGAGGAUAUAAUUUAGUACCAACAUUAGUCACACGACUAAUGCUGGAAUUAAAUAAAUAGACAAAACCAUAAGACUUGUUUGGAAGAAGGAGGGUCGUAAGUACAGGGACGACAAAUCGUAAGCGCAAGAACUACAAAUUAACCACGCAUCACAGUUUGUUCCUAGGUAAAACUAUUACGAUUAAUGUGCUUUGCGAUAAUAAGUUGACCUGUCACGAUCCUUUUCCGAGUUGCUAUGAGUGCUGUGACCUUAAAGUACUUGUUCCAAGUAAGCCCGUUUGUAAGACUGCAUCAUUCCUUAAAAUAUCAGAUAAUAUCAGCAGUCAAGGGCUAACUUAAAACAAUUAAUAAAAGAAGAAGAAAAUUUAUGAAGUUAUAAAUUUUCACAAAAAGAUCUCAAUUUUUCAAACUCUCUCUCUUAUUUUCUCAAUCUCACAUACGAAUGAUCGACCAAUGAAAUUAUGCUAUUCAAAAUGGACUCUUUAGAUGUCGUAAAUUAUUGUGAUAAC